CAAACAAUUCAAACAGUUAUGGUCUGGUGUUACUGUUGUGGGAGAAUCAGACUUGUGACCUGAAUAAUUUCCUACAUGUUGGCUACAGCGCUGUGAAAGAGAUGUUUUGUUUUCGGUAGCUCGUGUCUGCCAUUAUUCCCAUGUUACGUGAACGCACCGCGUCCGGAAGGUGGGAGUUCGCCUCCAACUUUUAAAGAGGGUGUGUCCCUCCGAGAAAAAGGCCGUCAGUUUGUUUGGCAGCCAACUUUCUUGUCUUCUCCGCACCUCUCCUGCCAGAGUGCAGCCACACCGCCCGUCUUCAGCCCGCUGCUCCCACUCACGUUGAAGAGGAGCCGAGGCGCUUCCUACAGGAUCUCAGUCUCUUUGUCUUAAGCACCUUUUGGAGACCAGUGGAGUCAGUCUGGGUCUGUGAGAUUCAGCGACUAUGGGGGACGUGAUUUCCAGUCACCUGGAUGAAGCCAAGCGGGAGAUUAUCACAGCUCAGACUGGGGUGGUGAUGGGGAAGUUUGGACAUCUGUAUGAGCAGCAGUAUGCAGUGGCUCUCUUUAAUGAAGUUCGCUUUGACAUAGAAGGAGGAGGCAGCCCUCAACCCCAACUACUACACCGCAAGAUUCCACUGGAGAACAAGUCCAUCUUCUCCGGCUCACUCUUUCAGUACCUGGAUGAGAAUAAGAAAUGGAGGAACCGCUUCUUCUUUGUCCCAGACUCCUAUAACAUCAGUUACUAUGACAACAAAGCGGCUCAUGACAGACACCUCCAUCCCAAAGGAACCAUCAACUGUGCCGGCUACAAAGUUCUGACAUCUAUUGAGCAAUACAUGGAUCUUAUCAGCAACUGCCUGCCUGGUGUGAAAGCCAAGUUGGGAAGUUCACCUUUCCUGAAGUGUGCCACCCAGUUCCCUCUGAUCCUGUGGCACCCUUACGCCCGUCACCAUUACUUCUGUGUGGCGACAGAGAAAGAGCAGCAGAAGUGGCACGCUGUCCUUCUGGACUGUGUCAGACAUGCCAAUGAUGGUUUGUCAGAGGAGAAUAAAAUCCAAACGCCAGCCUUUACUGACGCAGUACGACUUUACCGCCAAGCUCAAGGACACUAUGGCACCUGGGAGAUGAUGUGUGGUGAACCAUCACAGAUUCUGUCUAACCUGGUGAUGGAGGGUCUCCUGCCUGAGCUGAGGGACCUCAUCUCCCCCCGCCUAAAGGGCAAACUACAUGACAGGCAGAGGAACUGGAUGCUGAUCAGUGAUGCGGUAUACAGCCUGGUGCAGGGACAGUGUCAGGCCCAGUAUGAGGCAGUGUUGCAGAAGUGUGAGGUGGCGCGCUCCUCUCUGGAGGCCUCCAUACGCACAGACAUGGACCAGAUCAUCUCCUCCAAGGAGCACAUCACCAACAAGAUCAGAGCGGUAGUUCUCCACAAAUCUGAGAAGCUGCUGAAGGUGAGCAUCCAGCCCUACAUCAGCUCCAUCCUGGACGCCCUGAUGGAGCCGACCAGCCGAGGCUUCGCUGAAGUCCGUGAUGUGUUCUUCAGGGAACUGGUGGACAUGAGCAAGAACACCCUCAAUGACGGCAGUAAGGAGGCCUUGGCACAGCACAUGGAAAAGAUUUCCAUGCUGGCCUUCCACCCGGUGAAGAUGCAGAGCUGCUACGAGAAGGUGGAGCAGCUGAGUCUGGAGGGUCUGCAGCAGAGGUUUGACGUCUCCAGCCCCUCAGUGUUCGUCCAGAGGGCCCAGAUCCUCAUGAGAGAGCAAAUGGAUGAUGCAGUGUACACGUUCGAGCAGAUCCUUCACCAGAGCCUGGAGUCUCAGACUACAGAGGAGCUCUGCAAGACCAUCCAGCGCUGCCAGGACAGAGUCAUCAAGAAAUUUGACUAUGACAGCAGCACAGUGAGGAAGCGUUUCUUUCGCGAGGCUCUCCUCCAGAUCUUCAUCCCCUACAUGCUGAAACAGCUGAGCCCGUCCUGUGCCCCGGAGCUGCCGCGCUUCCAGGAGCUGAUCUUUGAGGACUUUGCCCGUUUCAUCCUGGUGGAGAACAUCUUUGAGGAGGUGGUGCUGCACUCUGUGAUGAAAGACAUCAUGAUGGCUGUGAAGGAGGCAGCAGUCCAGAGGAGACACAACCUGUACAGGGACAGCAUUGUCCUCAGCAACAGCGACCCCAACCUGCACCUCCUGGGAGAAAACCCUUCUAUCGACUGGGCCGGAGAAUAUGGAGGAACCCAGGAGGAGGUGGACGGCACAGGGGAGGAUGCUGAGGGGGACGCUGAGGGUCAAGCUGAUGUGUCCAAUAAGAGGAGGAGGGUGAAGCAGGUGGUGUCCAUGAUUCAGAUAGAGGGCUCACCAGCCCUGCCCGGUGAGUCGUGCAUAGAGGUGCCUGGCGUCAAUGACAUCCUAGAGGAGGAUGGAGAGGAGGAGGAGGAGGAGGAUGGAUAUGAGGGAGAAAACUCUGAUGGCAAAGCUUCUUCUGACCAGAAUGAAUCUACAAGUCCUCAAGCUUCUCAGUGUGCUCCAGAUGGUUCAGUCUCAAAGGAGGAGGAAGCCAAACCCGAGGUGCAGGGUAGAGAAGAUAUCCCGACAGAGAGUGCUACAGCAGUUGAGGAGAAGGGAGAGGGCAGCCAGAUGACGGCGGAGGAACAACUGCCCUCCAACCAGGAGGUGUCAGAGGAGUUACUGCCACCACCACCACCUUCUAAGGAAAUCCCUUCUGAGGCUACAGAAAUGGCUUCAGAGAGCGCAUCGGAGGCGACACCAGUGUUGCCCCCACCUCCACACAAUGACAGCGGCUUCCAGUCUCCCAGCAGUGAAGGAACAGAGGAGGAAGAGGUGGCCCCGCCGCCGGUAGAGGAGCACCCUGAGGUGAGGGAGGAGGUGGCCCCGCCGCCGGUAGAGGAGCACCCUGAGGUGAGGGAGGAGGUGGCCCCGCCGCCGGUAGAGGAGCACCCUGAGGUGAGGGAGGAGGUGGUCCCGCCGCCGGUAGAGGAGCACCCUGAGGUGAGGGAGGAGGUGGUCCCGCCGCCGGUAGAGGAGCACCCUGAGGUGAGGGAGGAGGUGGUCCCGCCGCCGGUAGAGGAGCACCCUGAGGUGAGGGAGGAGGUGGUCCCGCCGCCGGUAGAGGAGCACCCUGAGGUGAGGGAGGAGGUGGUCCCGCCGCCGGUAGAGGAGCACCCUGAGGUGGGGGAGGAGAGUGUUGCCACAGCACAAGAGGAAGCAACCAAAACCAGUGACUCUGAGACCAAAGACCAGUGAUGAAAUGAUCCCCAUUUGUUCGACUUCAACAGAGUCCUGCCCCAUUUACGUCCUUCUGACAAACAUUCAAGAGCCAUCAUGCCAUGUUAACCACAUCAGUUUUCAGUUUCCACACCAUAUCAAUCACUGAGCAGGGCUCAGGUGCUGUCCUCAUUUCUUUGUAAAUGUUUUUCUUUUUUUUUUUUCUGUAUGAUUUUCACAUCUUUCCAUUGGACAAACGUACAAACGCCUAUGUUCCACGUGUUAUUUUCUCUUCACCUGGUAUUAAUGUGAGCACAUUGGACAACCUUGAGUUCCUAAUGGUAUGUUAUGAACAAGGUGCAAGAACACCAAGUUGUGGUGCCUUUGGUGAAAUACAUGUCAGUUGAUUUAACUCCCUCUUGUUAACCAUGAGGGCUUCAGCAACCUUCAGCCUUUUGAUUCAUUUAUCAUAAAUGUUGGUGUAAAUACAGUCAGUGCUUGUGGAAACCCCCUUGUUGGUUAUUGCUGGACCUAAUGCUUUCCAGAAUGUGGAAAAGUCUCGAGGUGAUUUUUAAAAAUUGUCUUAUUUCAAACUUGCAAUUGCAAUUUUUUUUAACUGUUUGGAUGUACACAGUGACGUCUCAAGACUGGACAAUUUCUUUGUGUUGGUGGGAAUAACACUGUUUUAUGAGUUUAUUCCUUAAUAAAGAAAGCUUUUGUAUAUUUUGUAUAAAUACUUAGAUGGACCAGUGAACUGUCAUUUUACAUAAUUUUAUAUCCCUCAUCGGUGCCUUAGCUGAUCUUUCCUGCCUAUUUUAUUUAUUAUUUUGCACCCCUUCUCGUUUUGACCAGUGUACUUUUAGAUGUUUUUUUUUUACUCUAUCAAUGUCUGUUAUUGAAAAUAAAUCAUUAUUGAUUAAUUAUCAA